AUGGAGAAAAAGAAGCAGACAAGUCUAAAAAUCGGCACUGACUUUGUGCUAUCAGAGCACGAGAACCUCAUUCUUAACGAAAAGAAAGAACUGAUUCCCAUAAAAGAGGACCACGAGUAUUUUGCUCUUUACAAAAUACUAGCAAGAAAUGUAUGGUUGAAUCUCUCGAAUAUCCCGAAUAUAAAAUCAAUUCUGUGUAGUGACUUAAAUAUCAUAAUAACGAUGAAAACAAUAGAAUAUAUAUUGCAAAAUCAAGGAAAGAACAUCAUUGAGUUCAGAGAUGCCGUUUUCGGGCGCUCUGCCUCUGGAGAACAACUCUCCGGGAAAGAGGCAAAGAAGAAGUGCGCUGAGCUGAGUGAAGUUAUCCGAAGAAAUCUGACAGAAGACCAAAUAGACGGAGAACCCACGGCAAAGGCCAUUAUGGAAGCAGAAACUGCAAUACUUGUCCAAGACAUGAAGGAGGCCGUUAAAAACAAAGCUCACGCGUUUGAUUUGAUUGCCUACAUACAAGGGUGCUUGAACAGUGAAUUGAGAUGUUCCAUGCUCUUGCUGCUAAGCGAGAAAUACUAUCCAGCGUAUCUCCUGCAGGAUCUCUGCAGGGAGUACGAAGAGAAACAUUCAGUUAAAGAGUCCGAUGACAUAUACUCGCUGGAACAGUUAUACAGUAUUAACCCGAAUGACCCGAACAAAAUCUUCCUGGAUAUGGUACUGGAUGAAGUACUGAGUACACUAGGACCAAGCAUUCUUGAUGUGAAUAUGCUCUUCACAAGUCGUUAUAAGCUGAAGUUGCGUUUCGUGUCACCAGAUCAUUUGAAGCUGUUCAGAAGCAUCAACUACCACAGAGAAGCGAUCCUCGCUGAGCAAAGAUGGUUCUUCCAGAUGUUUCGAUUCGGCAGAAAAGAGACUGCUCCUAAAAGCAGUAGCCGCAUAUUAGAUCGAAUUGUCAAUAGAUAUAAGGCUGCCCCCAGCAGAGUAAAGAUCUUUAGAAGGUCAGUGAAUCAGACAAUUCUUGAGAUAUUCCUGUGCAAAGACAAAGCAGCAGAAAAGGAAAAACUUUGCAGUGAGGAAAGAGCACUCGAUAAAGAAAUAGAAGAAGUCCAGGCUAAGCUGAAAGAGUCAAACACCACAGAACAGGCCGGGGAGUUGGAAGUGCAGAUUGAAUCCUGCAAUGCAAGAAAGGCCGAAAUAUCCGAGGCUUUAGACGCUCUCAACAGCUACGAAAGGCUGGCUCCUGCUCAGAAGGAGGUCAUAAAGAGGAGGCUGGUGGGGGAUAUGGAAAGACUCGAUGUUAAAUUUAGAGAUGCCGAUGCUCUCAACAACUUCAUGCCGGCCCAUGAGAAGGCAGAGAAUGAGCAGGAAGUUGCACCAGUUGAUGAUAAAGUUCCAGAAGAAAAUACUCCUUCUGCUAUGCCAGUUGAUGAUAAAGUGCCAGAAGAUCAUGCACUUGACUUCGGAGCCAACGGUUCUGUGGAAUUACCGGUAGAUACGAAAGUGAAUGCCGGAGAAAUACCUGCAAACCCAGAGAGUAUAGACCAAAGUUUCUUAUUCAAGAAUAACUUGCAAGUUAUUAUGGGUCUCUUUUUCGGGUUACUCGUGGUUAUAUCUUUUGUGCUCGUGUACACUGAAAUGGGAAACCAAAUAUGUUUUUGGCGAAGGCAUAGUUUCUCGUAG